GUCCCAAAUAAAUUUAGUGCUAGAUUGGUUAGGGUUAUCCAGAUUGGGUUGGCCGGUUGGGAGUUAACGCCUUAACGGACCGGUACCGGGAAAUAUAAUCCGUGAACCAAACAACGAAAGGUUUGCAGGAUGGCAUCCGACUCAUCAUCAUCAUCGUCAUCAGCACCUUCUCCUUCGUCCGCCAUCGAUUUCUUGUCUCUCUGCCAUCGCCUAAAGUCAACCAAAAGAGCAGGAUGGGUGAAAAGAGACAUUAAGGGCCCUGAAUCUAUUGCAGAUCACAUGUACAGGAUGGGAUUAAUGGCUCUCAUUGCAUCUGAUACUCCUGGGAUCAACAGGGACAAGUGUAUAAAAAUGGCAAUUGUGCAUGAUAUUGCAGAAGCCAUUGUUGGUGACAUCACUCCAUCAGAUGGAAUCCCAAAGCUUGAAAAGAGUAGGAGGGAGAAAGAAGCAUUAGACCAAAUGUGCAAACUUCUUGGUGGGGGCCCACGAGCUGAGGAGAUACAUGAAUUAUGGAUGGAAUAUGAGGAAAAUUCCACAAAUGAAGCUAAAGUUGUUAAGGACUUUGAUAAGAUUGAGAUGAUACUUCAAGCUCUGGAAUAUGAAAAGGAACAAGAUAAAGAUUUGGAAGAAUUUUUUCAGUCUACAGCAGGCAAGUUUCAGACUGAUCUUGGUAAAGCUUGGGCUUCAGAGAUAGCAUCAAGAAGGAAAAAACAAGACUAGAUCUUUCACAAUUUUUUUUUUUUUUUUUUUUAAAUGGAU